AAAAAACACUAUGGUUUUGAAGAAAUAUCAACCCUACUUGGCAAUGCUUUUUAUACAAAUAUUAUAUGCAGGCAUGGCUUUGUUCUCUAAAGCUUCUAUCUCCAAUGGCAUGAACCCUUACGUAUUUGUUGUUUAUCGACAAGCAUUUGCAACCCUAUCCUUGGCUCCCUUCGCGAUUUUCCUCGAAAGUAGCAAGACAACUUCUCUUUCAUUCACCUUACUAGUGAAGAUAUUCUUUAUAUCCUUAUUUGGGAUUACCUUGAGCUUGGAUCUAUGCUAUAUUUCAUUAAGUUACAUAUCGGCAACAUUUGCAUCUGCAAGCACUAACACAAUCCCUGUUAUUACCUUCAUUUUGGCUUUUUGCUUCGGGAUGGAGAGCAUUUGUUACAAGCAAAGGCAUGGAAUAGCUAAGAUUAUGGGUGCAAUUGUGUGUGCUGCUGGGGCUUUAAUAUAUGCUUUUGUAAAUGGACCUCCUCUAUAUCUAGAAAGCCACAAAAAAGUUGAUUAUCAAACUUCAAUUGGCACCUCUAAAGGGGAAUGGAUUAAAGGUUCUCUCAUCAUGUUUUUAGCCAACACAAUGUGGUCACUGUGGCUUAUUCUCCAGGGUCCAAUUAUGAAAGAAUAUCCAGCAAAAUUAAGGCUUACAACUCUUCAAUGUUUCUUUAGCUGCAUUCAAUCAGCAAUUUGGGCUAUUUCAGUAAAGAGGGACAUUGCUGCAUGGAAAUUAGGUUUCAAUUUCAAUCUUCUCGCAGUGGCUUAUUGUGGUGUGAUGGUCACUGGGGUGUCAUAUUGGCUAAUAGCAUGGGUAAUUGACAUAAAAGGACCAGUUUUUACUGCUAUAUUUACUCCAGUAUCUCUAAUAUUUACUGCCUUCUUUUCAUCUAUCUUUUGGAAGGAGACUCCUCACUUGGGAAGUGUUUGUGGAGCAAUAUUGCUAGUGAUGGGACUUUAUGGUGUUUUGUGGGGUAAACAAAAAGAAGCAAAAUGCAAAAAGACAAGUCAAUGCAAUGGAGAAAUUACCAACAUAUAGCAAAGGGAAAUGAAUGGAUAUGCAUUAUUAAGAUAAUAAUAAUAAUUAAUAAUUGUAGAAAUCAAAGUUCUCUUUUGUGUUAUUUUUUCACUGUUCA